CUAGGUGCUUUGGAAUUGUCCCACUUCUCACUAACAGCAGAAGGUUCCAAACUUAGAAGGACACAGGAUGUCAGGCACUCCUUCUUCACACUGGGUUCUUCACAUCUAGGACCUUACACCAUGGACUUCAAAGGACCCUGCCCUGGAAUUGCCUGGAUGGACCAGUAAAACUGCCUUUUGUUCCUGUUUCCAAGAUGAUUCUCAGAAAACUGUGAAGGUUGCAAGUGGAAGACAACUACAAGCUGAAAUCAUGGGCUGUACACCUUCACACAGUGACAUUGUAAACAGCGUCGCAAAGAGUGGCAUUCAGUUUUUGAAAAAGCCCAAAGAGGUUUUGCCAGGACAUCAGGGAAGCCGUAAAAAGGGCUCUGCCCCAUGGCUGGUUAAAAGUUCUACCUGCCUUGAUGCUGUGGAAAGCCUGUCCCAGGGACGGAGGCUGGCAGAGGAGCUGCCGAGUUCCAAGAGGACUCAAACUGCAGCUGAAGGUCUCUGUCAGCUCUUGGGAGGCAUGGAGGGACUGAUGCCAGAGACCCAAACCUCCCACGUGGCUGAAGACAUUCCAUUCAAUACACCAGGCUCCCAUGGGACACACGGGGCAGCUUUUCCCGGGAAAGAGAGUGUGCAAAGCACUACCCAAGAGACCUCCAGACCGGGCCACUGCUGCCAAACCAUCCCCCCUGCCCCUGGGUCAGCAGGCAAAGUGGACUUCCCCGAGCACCUGGUAAAGGCUCACCAGCAUGCUUACACCUACCUGCACUCCAGCCUCUCCAAGUAUGAAGUGAUCCUGUGCCUCAUCCAUCAGGCCACCCAGACCCGGGAGCUGCUGCAGCCAAUGCUCCACUUCCUGCUGCUGUGCUUUGAGGAGGUCACCCAGCUCUUGGGGGAGAUCUCUAGGGAUGGAGAAGUGCUCCUCCAGGAGCUUAGGGAUGAUCUAGCUUGGCCAUCAAGGAAAGGGAAGCCCCAGGAGCAGCCAGACCUCUUGCAACAGCUGCUGCAGUACACAGUCAGCAAGCUACAGGUGCUCCAUGGCAUGGUGGCCUCCCUCACCGGCAGCUUCCUGGAGGGCUCCAGUGGCUACUUCUAUUCCACUGCAACCCACUUGGGAAAUAAGCUGAGCACAAAGAUGGGUGUGGAGGAACGCCUCCUAAGGGCACUGGUCCAGCUGGAGAGCCUCGCAAGUGGCCAUGGUGACCCUGGGCUGCAAGAUCUACCCUUGUGCUCUGAGGACAGUGGCAUUGGUGCUGACGAGUCCGUGCAGUCCUUGGACAAGCUGGGGAAGCAAGCCAGCUGGGACUUCACCCCGGAGCCUAUAGAAUGGAAGCUGGGGACUUCACCCCAGAUGGAGGCCAGUCUGUCAGAACUGGCCUGGCAGCAAAGUCCAUUCUGGAUGGGUCCGGACAGAGCCCCAGGCUGCCCACUGUCAAGGGCCCCCAUGAGCAAGGUCCAGCCAGCAACACAGGGUGAAGCAAGGAGGCCAUGCUUCUCCAGCACAGGUCCAGAAACAACCACCUCCAGGCCUUUGGCGGUAUCCAGGAGCAUGCCACAGGACUCCCUGGGAACCACAGCCUCCACAAAAGCACAUCUUCCUAAGAGCUCCAGGCUGAUGGCUACUCCAUGCCUCAGUGAAAGUGAGGAUAGCAGCCCGGAGGAGGAGGACAACAAAGUCAGCCGCAUGAGUCUGUGCACAGGGCAGGAGAGAGCUCCACGUUCAAGGCCACAGUCUUCACCCGCUGACAGGGAAAGCCCCUUUCAGCCACGCUCCAGGAAGCUCAGGGGCCCUCAGGCCCAGGAGAUGGUUCUGAAGAUGAAGGAAGCCAUCAGUGAAAGGAUCAAGUUUGUCCCUGUCCCCUGUGGACAUCAAGACUGGGCUGAGGAAGAGGAGGGAGGGACAAUGGUCCCGCCAAGACCUAGCACGGUCAGUGUCAGCAGGAGGGCCCCCGAGAGGCGGAGGAGGACCCAGUCGGAGGGGUGUCUUAAGAGCCACGCGGAGGACCCUACGCUCCAGGAGCUGCGCAGGGUCCAGAGAGAUCUCAAUCAGAGGCUGGAGGUGUUUUAUGCCUUGGGAGCCAAACGGCAGGGGCAGAACAAGGAGCAGAUUCUGCUACCCAGAGCAGCAGCCCUGUGGCCCACCAGCAACUGCAGGGUGAGCUGCAGCAGCACCAUCAGCAAGCUCAAGGCAUCCCUCACCAAGGACUUCAGCAUCUUGCCAAAUCAGGACAAGAACAUUGGGCAGCGAUGUCAUCCCCACCCUGAAGGUGAACAGCUCAGGCAGGAGAACACUGAGAAACUGCCAAGCACCAUCCCAUCGGGUGAGGACGGUGAGGCAUCCAGGGCCAAGGACUGCAUCGUCGGGGGCUGUCCCACCAGAACAUCAGUCAAAAAGCUUAUUGAAACUUUCAGUCCUGCUGAGAGUAUGAGGACACCAGGGGACUCAAAGAACUCGGGGUCAAGCCCCUGCCUCAGAAGGUGGGGGAUCCCCCCCAUGCCUCCAAGAUUUCCCAUCUUUCGGGGGCUUGCUCCUUUGUAUCCCAAGCCCCAAAUUUCUCCAGUAGCAGGCAGCUAUCUCAACGCAGACAUGGGCUGGAGGCCCUUGGCACCUGUCAUUCUUCCCUUGCCUGCAGCAGAAGCAUCCGAGAGUGAGGACACUCACUUCGGAACAGAGGGGGACUCAGAGCAUCUCCCUCCCCCACCUCUGGAAAUCCUGAUGGACAAAUCAUUCACUUCUCUGGAGCCCCCAGAAAGCAGCAAUCCAGCAGGGAGCUCCCCUGAAGGGACCCCAGUCCCAGGGCUGGGAGGGUCUGGUUCCACCAGAGGAACAUGGGUUUCCUCAAAGCUGAGAGCCUCCGUGAGCCCCAUCGACUUGCUGCCCAGCAAGUGCACUGCCAGCCCCACCAAGCUGUGCAGCACAGGGCUGGGGAGCACCAAGAGGGGCAGCAAUCCCAGAAUGCUUGCCUUGGACCCCAGCCUCCCACCAGCAGCCAGCCCAGACUCAGAGCAGGAGGGCAGGGCUCAGAGUCAGGCACAAGCAGCAAAGGCCACAGGCCCUUCCAAGCAACCCCGGAAGGCAGUCGCCUGGCACCACACCAGCCUUCCAUCUGGACAAAGCAGGACCUCGGAACCCAGCCUGGCCAGAUCCACAAGAGGAACACAUUCUACACAGGCAUCCAGGCUGAGCCGAGAGAGAAGUCCCCCGGUGAUCAGAAAAACCUCUCCCACAAAGGCACACUGGGUGCCCCAAGCAGACAAGAGACAGCAUAGCCCGCCCUCCUCCCAGGGACCUGCCCAGCCAAGUCUCCCCACUGCAGUCAGCUCCCCCAGCCCACCACUCAGCCCUGGAGCUGCCAGCCCACCGGUGAGCCCCAAGGUGCUAAGUCCACCACCAGUGAAGAAGGGACCUUCACCACCCCAACACAAGUCUCCCGCCCUGCCUCCCGGGAGUCCUCCUGCCCAGCGCAGAGAAGCAAGCUCCCCUUCCUCUGUGUCCUCCCUGUCCCCUGCACCGACCGCAUCUCAGGGACAGAGGGAGACAAGAGACUCCAAAGACACUCAAGCCCCCUCAGCCAAGGCAUCUGCUGUAUUCUGCCCGGCCACACUGUCUCUGUUUGAAGCCAAAUCACUUUUCUCAACUGCUGGACCGCUGAACCCAGAAUUACUGCCACCAGAGCCUGGGGCCCCUCUAGGGACCCCAGCAGCAUGCUGGAGGAGCAGUUCAGGGUCGCGGAUGAGAGCAGACUCACAGAGGAGAAUAGCUCUGUGUUCCCUCAACCCCCUGCCUUUCGUCAGGAGGACAACUCCCCGGCACCAGCUGGGUGUCCAACUUCAGCUGCCCAGUUCCAGCCUCACUGGUCCCUCUUGGGAAUCCCAGCCCAGCCAAAGCAGCAGCAGCAGUGAGGACAGCCCCAAGCAGGAUGUGGCACCUUGGAGCAGCCCCCAUGUCCCAGAAUUGCAGGGAGGCGGCGGCAGCUGGGCAUCUCCCCCAGAGCUCUACGUGCUUGGCCACAGGCUGCAGCCAGAGGCCCGCACCAGCUGUGCCCAGAACAAAGCUCAGCCAGAGGAACAGCCCCAGCAGAAGGAGGUGACUCCAGUCACCCCAGCAGGCAGAAGGUGACAGCCAAGGACCUACACUGCGCCUAGAUGGUAAGCACACCAACCCCCAUGGCAGUACCCAGACGUACCACCGUUCAGCGGUCUGACAAACUUUAAACAAUGGCAGUCUUCACUUCCAAAUCCUGCUUUGCCUUGGGGCUCAAAGGUUAGCCAAAACUUUAGACCCCCACAAUGGCAUUUUUAAUCCUUCAGGGGCUAGCCUUAACUUAGGAGAGGAAUCUAGUCCAUGCUCAAUGGGCCAGGUAAUUUACAUGGUAACCCAUGGUAAUCACAAAAUUGGUCCAUCCUCACAACAGUGAAUGAAAUAGGUAGCAUCCUCCAGUUUUGCAAAUAAGAAAACCCAAGUGUCUUGUCAGAGUCAAACAGGUAAGACGAGAAUAGAGAAAAACUUGGCACAGAUGCAACUGGCCCUGGAAUCUCUGCUGUUCUCGUUACAUUUCCUUUGCCUCAUUACUUCACCACCCCACCUGCCUACAGCGCAUGCAAUUAUAUGAAUGGUGGGAAAGCUUUGUUUCUAGAAGGUUGAGUGAUGCCAGAGCACUGAAGUUCCCAUUAGGAGCUUUGUUUAUGAGGCUAAGUGCUCCUGACAUGAGGUGACUGUGUAGAUGCAAACACACAGUGCCACCCACUCUCCGCUCCUGCUUCCUGAGUUCAGCCGGAUGCCCUUGGUUUAGAGCUUUCAGCUCCCAGCGCCAGCCAUGCCGCCCUUGGCCUCUGCACAUAUCAAGUGCUCCUGCCGCCCAGCACACCCGCACAGCCCAGCCCGCCAGACAAGGCAGCUAUUCUCUGCACCAGGUGGCCACUGGGGCUCGUGAUGCCGAGUGGAUGAGGCUCACACACUCCUGUGUCUGUCUCCCCCUGAGGCUUCGUGGCCGUUUAUUCCUAGGUCAUCUGCAAAAUUUCUGCUGGAGCUCAAACGAAAGCCAAGAAUGGUGGUUCAUGCCAAAAUCCUGGUUCUGCCAAUGAGCUAGAUAUUUGCUGCAGAUCUUGGAAUUUUUCCAUCAGAGGCUGUGGAGUACUUUCUACUUGGAAAAGAAUUUUCAAUAAUUGAGUGAGUCUGUGCCAGCUCAGUGGGUUGUCAAAGACAAGAAUUCUCACCCACGAGUACAGCUAAGGGGCAGUCCUCCAGAUCUGCUGCAGAGCUGAUUUUUUAAAUUUGGGGAAAUUAUAGACCUCAAAUCUUUUCUUGUUGAAAUAGAUUGUGGGCUCAAGAACAUGUUAGCCUGCGUCCUAGGGACUCCAGCUAGCUUCCCCAGGUUCGGGCAAUGAUUAAAUGAAUCUCAUCUGACUUGUUAUUAAAGUUAUUAAAUCUCAUCUGACAGUUACUAAAAUGGGGGCGGGGGUGACAGAGCUGAUCUCUUCAAAGAACAGAGGGUCCUAACUCACCCUCUGUAUUGGAAAAUGUCUGCGCAUGCUCAGCUAUUUGCUCACCUUUGUUAGAGUGGCUGCAUCAAUCUCAGAGCAGUGCUCAGGUCACACCCAAACUGAGUGGAUGCCUGGGAGCCGCCCGGGCUGCAGGCAAUGGGAGCAGCUGAGGAUGAGGCAAGUGCCUGAGAAUAAAGCCGGUUUAGGAAACCUGCUUGCUGCAGAGCCAGGCGCUGUCCCUAAAUGGUUAGGCAGGCAGCAGGGGAAGCAAGGGAGUGGGCCCUGGGGGAGCUGGGCCCAGCUGAGCAAGCAAGAGGCAAAUGCCUGGGUGGCCUGCGAGCCAGCUCACAGGUGAGUGACUUCAGAAAGCCCUGGUCAGAAAAUGUUUGCACCCCUUGCCAGAGUUUAGGGAAGUCACAGGCCAAAGCCCAGCUGCAGGGGGUGCACAGAAUCCUGGUGGAUGAAACUGGGGUACUAGGCGGGGUGUAAUCUGAAACCAGGAUUUGCAGCAAAGCCAGAUCAGCCGGAAGUGGGAUGAGUCGCCUGCCUGCCUGGGCCACCCUCCUCCGUGGUAGGGGGAGGUUGAGUGCAUUGUUGCCUGAGCCUCCUUCGCACUCGUCUGUGGUGAGAAGAGCUAGACAAGGCAGCUAGGAGCUGGCUAGCGUUUUACAUCAUAGAGGCGCCAGCACCAUAGAGAACCCCCGAGGAGAGCCCAGCAUGAUCUACUACCGCCCUCUGUGAGUGUGCACGGCAGGAGGCUCCCCGGAGCUAGGGGCUGCUCCUUCCCCUGGCUAGGCUGGUAAGGAUCACACUCAGCUCUGCCAGGUUGCAGUCAGCAGAGAAGGGGACAACGGCUUCUGGUUCCUCCUGGUUUCUCCAUCACCGGUGGAGCAGCCAGUGAUGCCUCCUUAUCCCUCUGGAGGACUUCUUCCCUUACUGCGAGCUUUCCUGCACCAAGAUGGAGCUGGCUUCCUGCCAUCUGUCCCUCCGUGUGAUAUCAUGAGAGGCCCAGAAUGCCACCACGUCCAGGCAACAGGGACGAUGCCCUGGUAUAGCCCCUUGUGUGGCCCUGUGGCCCACCGGCCUUGGGAAUUCCAGGUCAGUUUCUCCUGGGAAAGGUGGAGAAGGUUACCAAGGCCCAGGAGCUGGGCCCUGGAGACAAUAAAGGUCAAAAUUAAAGCAGUGCUGGCAGGAAUUUAGCUCAGCAGUUUCACCGCCUGCCUCACAAGCACAAGGACCCAAGUUCGAUCCCCGGUACCAAAAAAACAAAAAGAAUAAAAAUGAAAGCAAUACUGAGCUGGCACAGGAGCAGAUAUUUCAAAGAUGUGGGUGGCUUGGGGUUUGUUUGUUUAUUGUAGGGCUGCUUUGCCACCAUGCUAACUUCACCUGGCAUAACUUACAUGUGAAUCAGACUUUGCACAAGAGAAAUUAAAUCCACCACAACAGACCAGUUUCUUUGGCAUUAAUUCAUCAUCCGAGCCAGGCCUUUCCCCAAACCCAUAUCUAUGUUUCUGCCUUGGAGAGCCCAUUACUGGUGGCCAUGAGGGGUAAGCUCAAUGCCACACUUGUCAGGUGGGCCAUUCUUCUUCACCCUGUCCCCCUCCACCAAAGAACCUUAUCCUUGCUAGGCCAAAUCUACUUCCUUUACUUUGUUUUUCAGUUAAACCAAUGGACCCAACCCUCAAGUAUGCAUGAGUCUGUACAUUUUCUCCUUAGAGUUAGAAAACAAGAAGGAACACUGGGGGUAAAGACAAGGAAGAGGCUCCACAGAUCAAUUAGAGAGGUAUACAUCAUGCCCAUAUUCUUGUUUGGGCCAGCUUUUUCCGGGGGUGUACAGUCUUCAACCUCCAUGCUCAAGGGAACCCCAGAGCUGUUGAGAGAGAGGCGCUUAGCCCAGCCUUUAUCCAACACAUGAGUAACAUAGCAAACAGAUCUGCCCCAGGGGGAAAGCACAAUUUUCUGUUUCCAUCAAAAGGAUUCAUGGAGGAAAAAAAGUAAAUAUAAUGGUCUGGCAGAACAGUGACAGCUUUUUAGAAGUAUAAAUACAACCCUCCCGAUGAAAUAUAACCUUUCUCUGCGGCUUGAGUCUGUGCUGUUGUUUACAGUAAGCAGCAUUUAUUUUCCUUCCUCAUAUCACACACCCCGUCCAACACCUAAAACAAUCCAUGUGGAUAGACAAUGAGGGCAGACAGGCCAAAGAGACACUUCUUUCCUUCAUGAUUUCCUUCUUUCUGAUAUGAUUUGCUUCCUAAAUCCUACAAUGUGAAUGAAAAGGAUUCCAACAAAUAUAUUCUUUUUCUAAAAUAAGCCAGCAUUUUACAUGUAUCAGGGGAGCCAGUACAGUGAAUUAUACCUGUUGACAUGUUUGUCAAUUGAUCAUCUGGCUGAAGGCUUACAAAGCUGCCAGGCUCCUAUUCUAUCUUCCAGAGGAAAUCUUUUCAAAGGUAAUAUAUUUUUAAGUAGCCCCACAUCAAAGAUUCUGUUGAACUGCCAUAAAGUAAAUGUGUUCUGAGCCUACAUUAACAGAACAUGUUAUAUUGCACCAUCAUUUACUCCCUGUACCUACCUGAAGUUUAAAUAAAAUCCCAUCAAUCCAUCCAGACAUUUUUAUGAAAUGUAAUUAAAAAUGCAUUGCACACGAAGAGGAGCAAACAGUUAAUUCACUCGGCACUCUAAUUCAGUUUUAUGGAGAACCCUGGACUCUGCUGGCUUGAUUACACUCAUGGAGUCCAGAAAGCAACUUCACUGAGAAGCCUACGGACGCUGCGUCCGGUGAAGACUGUCUCUUACAGAACUAGCCACUGCUCCAAGGCUGCCAUCUCAGAUGCCCCUGAAGUCUAGCACAUGGGGGCAGGCCCUGGUUUUGGCUCAAGUGAGCUCAUCAGGGCUCAGUUAGUGCCCUUGGACACCACUGCUAUUCUCAAAGGGAGGAAAAAGAACCACAAAAGGAGAGGCAUUAGAGGAGAAAGAGAAAGAGAGGAAGGUUGUGGCGAAAGUGCAGUUACCUAUACCCCUCUGGAAAACUAGGAUUAGGACACAGGAGCCUGGGUCCUGAAACCUCCCUGACCCCACUCUGACCUGGCUUCUCUGGAUCCGACUCUUCACCUGGAAAGCAGUGAUAACAAUACAGCCUACUUCUCCUGCCACGUGCAAGACCUGGCCACAACAGUCUCAUCCUAAACCACCUUGGUGAGCCAUCUUGGGGACCUGAAUUCCGAAUCCCCUUGUCCAUUUUUAUCAUUUUUCUUUGAUUUUGUUUUUAAUGUUCACCUCUGCCCAUCUCUGCACUUUAAGAUUCUAAUUAAGAAAAGAACUCUGUUUCAUUUCCCCCUCGUUCUAGAGCUGCUCGUUGAUCCUUAGAGAAAGUUAAGAACAGCUGUCAAACUCAGCAAGAAUUGACUUCCUCCUUUGAAGGUCUCCAUGUCUUUCAAAGUGAAAGGGAAAGACUUUAAAACAUUUUGCUGCCAAUCACUAGUCCAUGUGUCAAAUAUACCAAAUGGAAAAAAAACCACCCAAAAACCCAAAUUAAGCUUCAGAAUCUCAUUCAUCCCCACGUGGGGUCUCGGGAUUGUCUGUCAGGUAGACGGUGGGCAAUUACUUCAGGUCCUAAACAGCAGGUCUGACAGAGCUGAAGCUUGAGUCGAUAAUCAUUAGACUUUUCCUUUCAGGCAAAGCUCCACUCUUCCAGAAUACAAUUGUCUACAUAGUUUCAUUAAAUUUUGGAGGAAAAUCCUAUGAGAUUACAAACAAAGUAUUUUUUUCAAUACCUUUUCAAAUGAAUAAAAGCAAACGAGGCUGAGAGCUGGUCUAGAACAUACCACCAACUAGUGGCACAAGGAGCCUCCCAGACUCCGGCCAGGUUCCGUUCUGACAUGAAAGCAAGCAGCAUUCAAUUCGGGUCAUGGCGGGUGGGGGACUCUCAAGGAGAUAGCGCAGUCUGAUUUGGAGGAAAAAAAAAUCUCCAUUUUCUCCAGUAUUUAGAAACAGGAAAUUAUUUUUCAUA